ACGGUCACACUGGGGAAUACAAUUUUUGAUUGUCAUUCGCUGCUAUUUUUUCGUCUACAUUAAACUGAAACAUUAAGCUAACUUAGAAAAAUGGCUUUGGCGGAGAUUUGCAAAAUAUCCAAUGCUCCUUAUAUGAAGACCAGUGCCUGGACCUCCAGCGAUAUGGAAGAAGAGAUGAAGGCCACAACCUGCAACUUGGCCAAUCCCUACACAUUAGCGGCUCCUCCAUUCGAGAAUCCCAUGCACAACUUGAAUCAGAUUCAGGCUAAUGCUGAUAAAACCGGCAUUAAAAUCGAUUUUGAUCACGGAACCACCACAUUGGGCUUUAAGUACCAAGGCGGUGUCAUUUUGGCAGUCGAUUCACGUGCCACUGGCGGCCAGUACAUUGGCUCCCAGACCAUGAAGAAGGUUGUUGAAAUCAAUCAGUUUUUGCUGGGCACCCUGGCCGGUGGUGCCGCUGAUUGUGUCUAUUGGGAUCGCGUUUUGGCCAAGGAGUGUCGCAUGCACGAGCUGCGCAACAAGGAACGUAUUUCAGUGGCUGCUGCCAGCAAAAUUAUGGCAAAUAUUGCCCACGAAUAUAAGAACAUGGGUCUGAGUAUGGGCAUGAUGUUGGCUGGCUACGACAAGCGUGGUCCUGGUCUCUAUUAUGUUGAUUCAGAGGGUUCCCGCACUGCAGGCAAUCUUUUCUCUGUCGGCAGUGGCUCCCUGUAUGCCUAUGGUGUUCUAGAUUCCGGCUAUCAUUGGAAUCUGAAAGACGAGGAGGCUCAGGAGUUAGGCCGUCGUUCCAUUUACCAUGCCACAUUUAGGGAUGCUUAUUCCGGUGGUAUUAUUCGUGUCUACCACAUGACACCCACUGGCUGGAUUAACAUUUCCAAUACUGACUGCAUGGAACUGCAUUACAAAUACAAAGAACAGAAGGAAGCCCAAGCGUCCAGCCAAUAAUUUUCUAUCUCUUUAUAAAAAGUAUAAAUUUGAUUUAAUAAAUAUUCAAAUGGAGGAGGAAAA